UACAUAUCAUUUGAUCAACUACUUCUCUCCUUAAUUUCAUUUACCACAACACUCUAUUAUUUUCACAUUCCUAAAAUGAGUGACAAAGAAUCAUCACCAAUUAUCAAUAAUUUGGUGGAAAUGGAUGAAGAAGUACUCAAAAUUCUUUCUUGGAACAAAUCUGAUCUAUAUCAGUGGGAAGGUUUUUGGUGCAGUCCUUCUAUUAUGAAGGAAACCAUGGACCUCAAGGCAACCUUCAAAUCAGUUCCUAAUGAUGUUCUCUUGGCAUCUUCCAUGAAAACAGGUUCAACAUGGCUCAAGGCCAUAUGUGUAUGCAUCAUGCAAGGUAAUAAAGAGGAAGAAGAAGAUCUUUUGGUUAAGGAUAAUCCUCAUUUUCAUGUUCCAACAAUAGAGGCUAUGAAGUAUUAUACAAAAGCUUUAGCUCAUGAUCUAUACACAAUACCCUCUCCAAGAUUAUUUCACACUCAUUUACCUUAUAGGGUUUUGCCAGAUUCAUUCAAAAAUUCAGAUAAUUGCAAAAUUAUAUACAUAACAAGAAAUCCUAAGGAUACCCUAAUUUCAAUGUGGCAUUUCAUCAACUAUAGUCAUAAGCGCUUAGAAAAUCCCUCUCCUUUAGAAGAAGCUGUGGAGUCCUUUUGCAAUGGGGUUCAUCUUUAUGGACCAUUUUUUGAACAUGUUCUUGAAUAUUGGGAAGAAAGAAAAAAAAUGCCUCAAAAAAUAUUAUUUUUAAAGUAUGAAAACUUGAAAAUGGACCCUAAAAAGGAGUUGAAAAAAAUAGCCUUGUUUCUUGGAAAAUCUUUUAGAAAUGAAGAGGAUUUGGAGAUAGUUUUGAACAAGUGUAGCUUGGAAAGGCUUAAGAACUUGGAGGUUAAUAAGAGUGGAUCACUCUUCCAUGGUGUCCCCAGUAAUUCAUAUUUCAGAAAAGGAAUUAUUGGGGAUUGGAAGAAUCACAUGACACCUAAAAUGGAAGAGCGACUUGACAAACUUACAAGCUUGAAACUUCAAGGGAGUGGCCUUCAACUUUGACUCUUCGAGUUUCGACUUUGUAAUAUGUUUGAUGUUUAAGUUCAUAUGUAUUUUAGUUAUCUUAAGCUCGAAAGUACUAUCUUUUAAUCCUUUAUAAUGUUGUUAUGUAAGAGUGGAGUUUCAAAAUAUAUAUUAUGGAUCAAUUUAGUAUUUA